UGCUUGGUUGCAUGCAAAAGCUUGGAUCUUGAUUGUUUUGGAGGUAUAGUCAAUAACUAAUAUGCGCGGCCACUUUAACGAAAUUUCAAUUUCGGGCAAAAAGGUCCACUUUCCUUUGUCAGUAGUGUAGAGAUAUCACCCUUCACACAGAAACCACUUUCAAAACCAAGCAGCUUUCUUUUGGUUAACUCAUAUGCGACCAAUUCGAACUCGUUUUGGGUUAAGUUUGUCAUUAUCUGACUGAAGAUUGGAGACAGCUAUUUGUGGCAGGUAUAAAUGACUUUGACACUUAACAGGAUCGUUUCGUAAGUCAGGGAGGAUCUGUGCUUUAAGAUCAGUUGAUGUGCAAAAGUCAAGAUAUGUUGAAACUAGAAAGCGACACAAUAUCUACUCAUCCCCAUGUCAAAUUAUGUUUGGUUGGUUGCAGGUCUUGCGCUCGGAUUGGAGUUGUUCUCGGUGGGAGGGUGGAGUUGGGUGGGGGUCCGUUGCUGAUGCUGGGCAGAUUGCGUUUAUCUCCGCAUCUCUGCUCCGCUACCCUUAAUGCUGCCACUGGAUGGCUGCGCGUCGCGGUUCGACGUGAGAUCACAUACUGAGGGCUUCAUCUGAUUUCAGAAAAGAAGACAGCAAACAAACAUGACAGACAGUACGACUUCUGAUCCAUGCCCUGUUCCGAAUCCGACUAUUGUGGACCCGUCGGCUGUGCGGAACGGACAAUGCGCCGCUGCCCAGGAUCCGAACCUACCCAAAAGAGGGAGCCAGGACGAUCCUUUCAAUGUGGACCGGGACCAGGAGAUGAAAAUCACAGAUAGCGUUGAGGGCCAAGGUCUCUUGGAGAGCAGCAUGCGCCUGAAGCCUCAUGAAGCUCAGAGUUACAGGAAGAAAGCUUUGUGGGUGUCCUGGAUCUCCAUUGUGGUGACGCUCAUCCUGGCUGUGGCAGGCUUCACUGUAUCCUUCAUGAGACACAGUGCAUCAGCUUUUGGAUUUGCCUUUGAUGCAACGUUAGAUGUUCUUUCCUCCAUUAUAGUGCUGUGGCGCUAUAGCAACGCGGCAGCGGUGCACUCUGCCCAUAGAGAAUACAUAGCAUGUGUGAUCCUGGGAGUGAUUUUCAUCUUGUCGUCUAUGUGUAUUUUGGGGAAGGCCAUCCAUGAUCUGGCCACCAAACUUCUCCCUGAAGUGGAUGACUUCCUGUUCAGUGUUUCUAUCGUCAGUGGCCUCAUGUGUGUCAUUCUUGCUGUUGCCAAGUUCAUGUUGGGAAGGAUUUUGACCAGCAGAGUCCUAAUCACUGAUGGCUUUAAUUCUAUGGUUGGAGGCAUCAUGGGAUUUUCCAUCCUCAUCAGUGCUGAGGUGUUUAAACACCAUCCCACCAUCUGGUACCUGGACGGAACCACUGGGGUCCUGAUUGGACUCAUCAUUCUAGCUUAUGGGGUCAAGCUGUUGAUCGACAUGGUACCACGAGUAAGACAAACUCGAAACUAUGAGCGCUUUGAGUAAAGCUGGUUUAGAAGAACAAAAAAGGCAUCAUAUGAAUCCAGUUAUCCCUCUCAGCUCCUGCUGCUCUCUCAACUCACAUGAUACCCAAAUACAUCCAGGAAUAAAGUCUGCUGGCAGCCAAUUUAACAUCAUGUAUUGUAGAAUCACCACUCUGACCAGCUCCUGAUGUCCUCUUCCUCUCAGCACAACAUUUAAGAGAAGGAAGGAGGAAGAAGUAUGAGCUGGUCAGUGGAUCGGUGUCAUUCCUGGCCCUCAAGAUAUCAUCCUGGAUGGAGUCACUGGUUUUAAACAGAGAUCAGCAUUGAUUGGUCACAUCCAUGAAAUUCUACAAUGCCACAUAUUAUGUUUUUUUUUCUUCUCUCUCUUAAAUUAUGGAGGAAAACAUUAAUUUAUUCUAUAUUAUACUCUGUUUAAUGAAAAAAUCAUGUGAAUGUGUAUUUGAAACCACGUGACUAUAAUUCAUUUUAGGUCAGUUUUAGAGAUCAUCCUUCUGUCCUCAAAAUGAUUUAAUUAUAUUGUAUGUUUAUAAUUUAGUGUAUAAUAUUGUAUAUAACCUCUUAGAGCUAGAGACCAGCAGUCUUUCUCAUUUGAGUAAAGAAAGCACACAGAAAUGUCCUGAAUGAGGCACAAUUACACUAUAGGUUAAAUACCAGAGUUCAGGGUCAGUAAGAUAAUUAUAUGAAAUAUCAAUAUUGAAAAAUAGCUUCAAUAUUAACAGGAGUGACCCAUAAUCCAUCAGUGAUCUGUCAUACACAUUGAGUCCUUAUGAAUCAGUAGUCAAAAUGACUAAUCAGCACAACCCCCCUCAAAAUGAGGCAUGUAAGGGUUUUUGAAAGGUUAUAGCUUCCUGAUGUUAAACCAUUUCUAGCACCACAACCAAGGAAAAAGUCAAAAAACGAAUUACAGAAAUAUUCCUAAAUCUAUGUAUUCUUGUCUUUUACUACUUUUCUUUUUAGCUUGAACUGCAUACUGUGCAAUUCAAUCCAAAAGUUUGCUGUUUUUAGCAGCACUGUUGUAUUUUUUUUUUAAGCAAGCGAUUAAUCUGACCUUUGCUGUGCGAUGAUCCGCUAUGUUUAGCCAGUGAUUUCUGUGGCAUGCAUUGCUGUGUCUGUUUGCCACUUGCUACUGAAUUUAUCAGAUAUUCUUUUCGUGCCAAGACUGAAUGAGAUUAGAAUGGCCUGAAGUAUCGUCUGAUGUAGAAAUGAUUGAUUUGGGCUCCAGCAGACAGAAUGAAUGAUUGUUGUAUUAUGGAAGGUCUGUGAGGCAGGGCAGCUUAUUCCACAAUGAAGAGCGAAUCAUUGGAAAAAACAAAGCACAUUUUAGUUUCUUACGGUAGUGUUUAACAAAAUUAAUCUAUAGUAUAAUGAGUUUUUCACCUUUCAUUUGUUUCUCCACGGAGACUGAAACAUAAAUCCAAAUCUUUGUCAUUUGUGACCUAUAAAUCUACACUUCUGUUCAAAAGUUUUGGGGUCAGUAAGAUUGUGUGUGUGUGUGUGUAAAAGUGUGUGUGUGUGUGUGUGUGUGUGUGUGUGUGUGUGUGUGU